AUGGCCGGCCCGUCGCGGGGCCAAGAGUGCUCCGCGGAGAAAAUGGAAAAUACCAUCAUCGAUAUGGACUUGUCCCUGCCCCAGGGCGUCCGGGGCGCAGAGCCAGCGUACGCCCCGACCCCGCAGGCCUGCGUCCGCGCCUGCUGCGCGGGGGAGAAGCUCCCAGGAGAUAAGAAGUGUAAUUUAAUUAUUUUUGAUGCUCGAAGGACAAGUGCACAUCCAAACUGCUACCUGUUUUACUGCCCUAGCACAGAGGCUUGUCCGAUGAAACCUGCAACAGGACUUGUGAGCUACAAGAUAACUAGAGACACCCAUGCCCCAGAGGAUACAUCCUUCAAAAGUGAGGACUUUUCUUCAAAUGGAUAUUCUUUGUCUUCAGGUGCUGGAGCCUUUAUUCCUCACAGUCAGACUAGCCAUCAGAAUCGUACCACUACUUUGCAACAAUCUGUCUUUCAUCAGGCAUCUGAACUCCUGAACAACAUGGGCAAGCACUUAGACAGCAGUGAAUUUCAUACAGUUUUUCCUGAAUCUCAAAGGACAAAACAUCCUGAGAGCUUAGACCCCACCUCAAGGCAGAAAGUAAUUAACCUGACGCCAAAUACGUUUUCUGCUGUUCGAAUUGGAGACCCCUCUGCUUCGUUCCCCACCAUUCAGUCUAGGGUUACUGAACCCAGCAGUACUGCUCUUACUCCUCUGUCUACAGGUACCAAACGACUGGAAUCUCGUACAACCUCUCUGCCUACUGGUGGUGCUGAACCUACUGCCGUCACCACCACCAGAGCUACCUUUCCGCCUACUGCGACCGCUGGAGCUCAACCUGGCUUCCCUGCCACCACCAUUGCUGUUACUCCUGCUCCUCUUUCCAGUCCCAUAACUUCUGCUUCUACUUCCACAACCAAGCGGAUGACCAUGAAUUCUAGACCUGCUACCACGCUGUCAGGACUAGGAACUCCGGCCAUCCCUCCUGAGCCAACGGUUGUCUCUUACAACGAUACCAGCCAUGUCACCCUCCUCUCUUUUUCGGGUUUUGCUCUGUCUACUAGUGAUUCCCCCGUGGCUUCCCAAAACAACCCUCAGGGUUAUGACCCGUCUGAUUCAGAAAGCUACCUGCCAGAGAGUGUUCUGAGAGGUGUCGUUCAGCUGGGAGAAAAAAGCAGCCUUAUAGCAGCUUUGCUUUUUGGGGUGACAUUCUUCUUCCUAGUUAUUGCACUGACGGGGAAGAAAAUACAUGAAUCUCUUCAGAAGAGGCACUAUACCAGGCUGGAUUACUUGAUCAAUGGAAUGUAUGCUGAUGUAUGA